AUGGAUUAUAGCUACUUCACAUCGGCUCCGCAGCCCUACCAGUUCUUCGGCGACGAUCAGCAGAACACCCACUCUCAACAACAACUAUCUCAUAUCAAUGACUAUCCAUCGCAACUCACAGCGGUGCGUAUACAGGACCCAGUAUCGCAGGCGGGUGGUCUGAUCUCCACACAGGAACACGCCCCUUUCGGCAUCGCCACCCACACUACACAUCCCCGAAGCUUUUCAAUAAGCCUACCCGAGGUUGACCACAAGUCAAUACCGCCUCUGCCGAACGACGUUUCGCCGGACAUAGGCGACGAUGUCAAUCCGGGACAGAACAGAAGCAGCAGCGAAGAGAAAGACAAUCUGACCCCGCAGCAGAGCCGCAGGAAAGCGCAGAACAGGGCAGCGCAGAGGGCGUUCAGAGAGCGCAAAGAGCGCCACGUCAAAGACCUCGAAGUCAAAUUAACGAACCUACAGAACGACUUUGCGAGUCUGAAUGGUGAAAAGGAGAGACUACAGCGCGAGAUAGCACGUUUUGCUACCGAGAACGAAAUCCUACGCGCAACUUCUGGCUCCCAGUCAAACGGGCCAACUCCUUUCAUGACCGAUCCCGAUGAACUGGUCGGCCCACUGGGCUACGUGCCAAAAGACAACCACUCAGGUACCCCCUCGUCCUACGGCAGUGACCUGAGCUCAAAGUAUGCACAUUUCGGCACGCUCAAGAUGCUCACAGUGGACGACGAGACCGGACAACCGUUACUAGGGGCUGGCGCAACAUGGGAUUACAUUCAGUCUCACGAAUUGUUCCGCAAGGGUCUCGUCGAUGUGGGCGACGUCUGUGAGCGGCUGAAGAACUUGGCGAGGUGUGAUGGACAGAGCGGGCCCGUGUUCCAGGAGGACGACGUUAGACGUGCGAUUGCAGAAAGCGCAGUCGCUGGAGGUCGAGAUGAGCUGAUAUGA